ACGAGUGCGAGGGCGAUCUGUGAUUGUUUCAGACGGACUGGAUGGAGCCCGGAUGAUUAGCAUGCGGACACAUGGAAAGACUUAGUGGCGAGGCGGGCCUGGUUCACUACGCGUGAAGUCCGUGUUGCGUUCAAUGGCCGCCACAGACAUCAGGUGGAUUUUUGGCAUGGUCAUGGUCGGCCUGCUUGCGUGCGAGUGUCAGGGGGGCUGUGCGGAGGUGGACUCCCUGGCGGAGGCUGUGGAGGGCCAAAGUUUCAAGCUGGGUUGCAUCUGGUGUAAAAAUCGAGCUGAAGUGACGGCGAGAACCAGCGUGGACUGGCACUUCAAAGCUCCAGGACAAGACCGCUUCACACACAUUUUCCACUACGACCACCCGAGCGCCGAUAUCCUCCACGGGGCCUUCAGGGGCCGCCUGGACUGGCUCGGGACACAAAGCCAGGACGUCCAGGUGGGUAGCAUCGCCAUCAGCAACGUCAGCUUCAGUGACGCCGGGACGUAUCGCUGCACCUUGCGGCGCAUGCUCCUCCUGCCCGGCUUCCGUCCCAACGUGACCGUGGAGAAGGAGGUGGAGCUUAGCGUUGCGGCCGUGGGCUCCCGGGAGACGACGGCAGUGAUCUCGGAGAUGGUGAUGUACGUGCUGAUUGUGGUCCUGCAGCUGUGGCUCAUUGUGGUUCUGGUCUACUGCUACAAGAAGAUUUCAGCCGACAUGGACGCUUGGGAGGCCCGCAAGGCCCGAAAGGCUCUUGUGGAACAGCAAGAAUUGCUGGAAUCCAAGGUGGAUGGUGCUGGGAUGCCGGUAGCUUAACAUGCCACUAGAGGGCGGUGUUGUGCAUUGGGAUACUCUUCCACAUCGCUACCCGUUACUCUUCAUCUUAUAGUAUUUUGGAAUAGUAUCUUUGAAAUACUAAUUUGAAAUACAUGUCAGAAGUACACAAUAGUGUAUUGGAUGUGGGUUAGCCUUGAUGCCUUUAUUAGUCGGUUUUGUGUGUGUGUAGUGUUUCUGCAUACAAGUUGAUUGUGUCUCUGACAGCAUUAUUUAGCACUUUAGCAUUUGAUUCAUUUGUGUACUUUUGACAUAUACACUGUAUCUGAGCACUUGUCCAACAUAAUACAUGCCAUAUAUCAUGCGGGACAGGAGGACACAGACGUUAGCAACACUCGGCUAGCUAUGUGAUGCUAAAUUGCUAACAUUACACUCACAUAUGAACAGCAACAUGAUGCUAGGUUAGUCUAUUUGCUGAAUAAAAAAGAAUAACACAAUCAAUAUUUUAAUUUUAAGAUGUGUAGUGAAGCCUGAUUUAUGUCAUUGUAGCCUUUAAAGUCCCGCUUUGAACCUCCUUCGCGAAAGACCUCAACGUACUUCACCGGUUUUCAAUUGAGGUCAAUACGUCAGAACGUGUGGUCAAAUAUGGCCGAGGUGGUACCAUUUGGAUUUCGGACAAAUGUUUUGGAACUAUACGCUGAAAUAUCGUCACCACAACAGCAACACUAUCAUCGCUAGUAUGCAAUGCUAACAUUACACUCACAGUUUAACAGCGACCGCAUGCUAGCAUAGCCUAUUUGCUGCACCUGUUGCUGACUAAUGGAUAGCUAGCAUAGCUCCAGGCUACAUUUUGAGAUGUGUAGCGAAGCCUGUGGGGCGGCUCAGAGGUGGUAUCACGCCCACGA